GUGUUCUGCCUUUCAAGGAUCUUGAACCACCUUCCCGUGGACUCUCAUUUGGUUGCCAAACUCUUGGAUUUUCUCGUGGACCCUGAAGCCAGCAUCCGAUACCGGUUCAGUUCAUCGCUUCAAGGAUUAGUGGCCGCCGGAGGCUCGGACCUUCAGGACCAGGUCAUCCGUCGGCUGAGGAGAGCAUUGGACGACGCCUGGCAGGCAUCCAACACCCAGCUGCAGGACUCGCUGCUGAUUACAGUGUCGCAACUUGGCCGUCACCCCCUUAACACCGAGCUCCGCGAAUUUGCAGUGCUGUGUUUGCUUGAGCACUCACUCUGCUGCUCUCCUAACGUGGCCGAAGCCGCUACGCAAGAGUUGGAUGAACUGACAAGGGCUCUCAGCUCUACCACAUCAGACUUCUUCAAGCAGUUUCGUCCGCUGGUGGGCAAGUUCCUGUUUGAGAGCAUGAUCAAGUCCUGUUCGGAGCGCCGGUUCUCUUUGGGGAAGUUCCUGAGUCCGCUGGUGGGGGCCUUUGGCUUCGCCGACGUCCGCGCCUUGCUCAUAAGCGUGCUGCGUUUCCUGUUGCCGCCGCUGGUGCUCCAGUCGGACACAUCUUCCUCACGUCUGCUUCGUGCCCUUGCGCGGGAGUUGAAGACAAACCGUCGAGACCUGCUCAUGACGCACUUCCGACACGUCUUUGCUUACCUCGUCUGCAAUGCCGCUGACAGCCAGCUUGCAACCGCCCUCUCCUUCGUCGAGGCGGAGACGGGCCUGGGAAUCGGCAAUGUCUUGCGCUUCGACUUCCAACGGAUUCUCAACGAACUGCUCUUUCAUCUGGGAAGCCACUACGACCAAGUCUCCGACGGACUGCUCGUCCUGGCCAAGGAAGACGGAUUCCGUCCCGUCAUGACGACUUCCGAUUUGACCGACUUCCUACAGCCGAGGCUUCUGGGGUUUCUGACAUUCUUUGACCUGCAGCUGUUGAACAGGAAUGUCACAGACGUCAAAAAGAAGCAGGCGCUUUCAAGCCUAGAACGGAUCAUCAAGCUCAUGGGACAGCGUCACGUGACAGCGCUGCGGAUGAAGCUGAUGGCGACACUCAAGCUGGCUCUCAGGCUCCAUCACGGGGAAUUUCCGGCCAUCAAUUGCAGCAUUUGGAACACCUUUGUGCACAACCUCGAACCAGCAUCUUUGGGUCCGAUGCUGAGCCAAGUGACGGCCAUCUUGCUCCCCCUCCUCAAACUCGACCCAGGAGGAGCCAAGGACAUCUUUGACUUUCUCUUUGUUGAGAACAGGGAACGCUUCGAGGAGUAUUUCCCCGACCUGCACUUCAUUUCGGAACUUCCGGAGCUGGAACACGUCAAGGACGCUGUGGCGCCCUCGGAACAGUCUGGGCAAGCAGGCCUAAGCGCCAUUCUUGGCAGCUGCUUGCACGGAAUUGCUCAUGAAAACCUGGAUGUUCGUCUGCUUGCAUUGGGCAAACUGAAGAAGGUUCUCUCAGCUAAUCAGAAUGAACUGGCUGAACACCUCCUCACACGAGAAUCUCUGGAGCCACUGGUUUCCAGGCUAGUGGUGCAGUUGCUCAGUGGUUGCAGAGAAGCGGACUCCAAAGUUCACAUUCUGCUGGCUGAAUGCUUCGGCGAACUUGGCGCCAUUGAUCCUGGUCGGCUUGAGCUGAAGGCCCUCUCGACUGGCGAAGCGGUUGUGGUGCACACGGGCAUAGACGACGAGAACUUUGCAUACGACCUCCUUCAGCGACUCUGCCGGUCCUACCUGGCAGCGGAAGACAGCAGGGUUCAGGACUGUUCAUCGUAUGCCAUCCAAGAGGUGCUCAAGAUCUACAACUGCAGUGACAGCCAGUCCAAAUCGGGGCAGAGCCUGUGGAAGCGGUUUUCAUCCGACGUCCAGGAGCUCUUCACACCAAUGCUCAGCUCGAGAUACAAGGCCAACAGUGUUUCCGAGAAGUACCCCCACCCUUUGUUUGGGAGUGCCUACGGACCAAACUUCCGUGACUGGCUUGCAAACUGGACCCUCGACCUCUUGGACAAGGUGAAAGAGAAGACUGCGGUGGAUGUCUUUCGAGCGUGCUCACUAGUGCUCAAGAAUGACUCAAGCCUGGCCCUCUUCCUUCUGCCCCGAGUUCUUGUCUGCGCGCUGGCGGAUUCUGACCAGGCCGGCCGUGAGGAGGUGAUGCUGGAGGUGCUUACGGUGCUCCGGCACUGCGAGCAGACGGACGCCUCUGGACUUCACCACCUCAGUGCCCAGACAGUGUUCUCCAUGCUGGACUACCUUGCAGUGAGGGCCAAAAAGUUCCGGAGUACGACGAGUGCCGGUCCGUCGUCUGUUGGCUCAGAGACACUUGUGCUGGGGGAGGAGGAGGCAGUCUUCACACGGAGCAUCCCUCAAGACCUCCUGGCUAGGGUCUCCUUCAACUGUCAGGCCUACACACGCUCCUUGCUUCACCUAGAGACUUACCUGCACCAGCAUCCAGCCAGCUUGCAGGAGCACCUAAGAUUCCUCCAGAAAAUCUAUGUGGCCUUGGACGAGCCAGACGGCAUUGCUGGCGUGGCAGCAGUUCGCAACGGCCGUGCUUCCCUCGAAGAUCAGAUCGUGGAGCAUCAGGCCAUGGGCAAGCUGCAGGAUGCCCUUGCCUGCUACGAGCGUGCACUGCGGCUGGAGCUACCCCAGGCGUCCCGCCAUCAGGGACUGCUUAGCUGCCUGCUUGGUCUGGAUCAGCCCAGUACGGCGCUGACCCAUGCGUCUGGACUGCUGGCUCAGAGGAGCGACUGGCUUCGAGACAUCAACGAGUACCGUGUAGAAGCGGCUUGGCGACUGAGCAGUUGGGAUUCGCUCAACGAGUUCCUCCAGGCACAGGAGAAUGUCCCUCAAGACUCUGGGAACAACUGGAGCAGUUGGGGUGUUGCCACUGGAAGGAUCCUUCUCGCUGCCCACAACCUGCACGAGCAGUCGUUUGUGGAGAGCUUGGCGCAGGCUCGCAGUCACCAGACGAGCCCUCUGGCAGCGGCAGCCAUGGAGCAAGAGGCGUACCAAAGGGGAUACCAUUAUGUUCUCAGGCUCCACAUCCUGACAGAGGUGGAGAAAGGUUUUGGCGUCCUUCUGAACCUAGAUGCGAGCAGUGACAAGGAGGAAAAGCAGACGGCAGUGACAUCUCUUCUAGACGUCUGGAAGUCUCGCAAGAGCCUGGUUCAGUGCUCUCCACUCUUCAUGGAGCCCCUUCUGAAUGUCCGGAGGGCAUUAUUGACCAUUGCAAGGGACAAGCAUCAUGACCUGGAGGACCUCUUGCAGACAGAGCUGGCCAAAUGUUGGCUGCAAAGUGCCAAGCUUGCCAGGAAGACGGGACACCUGCAGCAGGCCUACAGCUGCUUGCUCGAGACAGAAAUCUGCGACUUGCCGGACGUGUUUCUCGAGAAAGCCAAGUGGCUCUGGGCCAAGGGUGAGCGGGAGCAUGCCCUCAACGAGCUUCAGAGGGGCAUAGGACGCCACUUCUCCAACCUGACGCCGAAUUGCAGCGGCGACCUGACCACAAGUCCCGAAGACCGCUACGUUUGUGCAAAGGCGAAGCUCCUACUGGCACGGUACAGCGAGGAGUCGGCGGCGGUGGAAAGCACCAAGCUCGCCAUACUGUACAAGAGCGCUGCCCAAACGUGCUCCGCCUGGGAGGACGGACUCUUCCACCUGGCCAAGUAUUGCGACACCGUGCUCAACCUCCACGAGAAGCAGGAAAAGAGAGCGGAGGUGAUGGUGCACGUGGUGCGGCACUACGGGGAGUCCCUGCGCUACGGCUGCGAGCACGUGUACCACUCGAUGCCCCGCCUGCUGUCCAUCUGGUUUGAUCUGGGCUCCCAGGUGGCCGAGAUGGGGCGCGCCCGCCGCUCUUCCGCCGCGCGGGAGAAGCUCGAGCAGUACUUGGCGCACAUGACCGACAAGGUGGUGGCUGUUUUUGCUGAUCAGCUUCCCUGUUACCUCUUCUUCACCGCUUUCCCGCAACUGAUCUCGAGGAUCUGCCAUUCACACGAGCAAGUAGCUCGCCAGCUCAAGGCAAUUGUUGCUCGUCUCUUGAGAACCUACCCGCAGCAGGCCGUGUGGAUGAUGAUUGCGGUGUCCAAGUCCUCGUACCCGAUGCGAGUUCAGCGCUGUCAGGAGGUGUUCCAGCUAGCCCGUCAAGAGAUGCCCAGCCUGGGCAAGUUCCUCGGCGACACCCUGGCCCUGUGCGACAAGCUGCUGGAACUGUGCAACCGGCCCGCCGGCGAAGCCCACGUCCUCAGUAUCACCCAGCAGCUGAAGAGCCUGCACCGACUGCUCGAGGACAGAAAUUUCAGUCAGAUACUGCUGCCCCUGCAGUCUGCUAUUUCGGUGACCCUUCCAAGUGGAGGAGCUUCCAGGGGCCACGACCCGUUCCCACAGACUCCAGUUCACAUUGUGGGCAUCAACGACAAAGUCGAGAUCUUGUCUUCCCUUCAGAAGCCCAAGAAGAUCACCAUUAAAGGAAGCGAUGGAAACUCCUAUGCCAUGAUGCUGAAGCCUAAGGAUGACCUUCGGAAGGACUGUCGACUCAUGGAGUUCAACAACCUGAUGAACCGCUACCUCCGACGCAACGCAGAAGGACGGCGCAGGCGGCUGCACAUCCGGACCUACAACGUGGUCCCCCUGAACGAGGAGUGCGGCCUCAUCGAGUGGAUCCCCGACCUGCAGGGUUUCCGGUACAUCCUGAACCGCAUCUACCGGGAGAAGGGGCAGCUCACCACGGGUCGCGAGCUGAAGGACAUGAUGCCCAAGCUGAGCGCUUCGCUCGCAGAGAAGCUUGAUGUCUUCAAGAACAAGCUCUUGCCUAGGUUUCCGCCAGUCUUUGUGGAGUGGUUCCACAAGAACUUUCCUGAUCCCACAGCCUGGUACACCGCGAGGCUGUCCUAUGCGCGCACGCUUGCAGUGAUGAGCAUCGUGGGCUUCAUACUGGGGCUGGGCGACCGCCACGGCGAGAACAUCCUCUUCGACGCAAACUGCGGAGAUGCGGUUCAUGUUGAUUUCAACUGCUUAUUCAACAAGGGGGAGACAUUUGAUUGGCCUGAGCGUGUGCCUUUCCGCCUGACGCACAACAUGAUUGAUGCCAUGGGUCCCCUUGGUUAUGAAGGCAUCUUCAGGAAGGCCUGCGAAGUGACACUGAGGAUCAUGCGCAAUGAAACAGAUGCUCUUAUGAGCGUGUUGAAGCCAUUCGUGCAUGACCCCUUGGUCGAGUGGAGCAAAGCACCUAAGGGAUCCAGGGCCAACCCACCGGACUCUGGCGAGAUCAUCAACGAGAAGGCCCUCGCCAACGUGAACGGGAUCGAGCAACGGCUCAAGGGAGCCUACAGGGGACGGAACAAGGCCGCCGGACCGCCCCUUUCCGUGGAGGGGCAGGUGGACUACCUGAUUCAGGAAGCCACGAGUGAAGUCAACCUCUGUCAGAUGUACGUGGGCUGGGGUGCCUACCUCUGAUUGGUCGAUGCAUCGCUAUGGUCACAGCCGCAGCAUUUCUAGUUUGCCUGUUCUUUCAAAAGUGGUUCUGUCUAGUUCGAGCAAAGUCUCAGGGCACAAGUGUUGUUAGCUCGCUGAAAUGAGCCACAUCUUCCGUUGUAGGCAUAGCGUUUCUUAUAUCGGAGAGUCCUUGUCUUGUGAGUAUGUUGUGUUUCUUUGUGCUUAUUCAUUGUUUUCUUUUAUUUCUUUUUCACAAGAGCCUCAGGAACAAAUUUUUUAAAUUUUGGCAUUGUGGCAUAUUUUAUGUUCAUACUUUAACUCGAGUUUUGUUUCGUUUUGGAGUUGUAA